AUGCUCGACUUGAUCGACCACGUCGAUGAGCGCUCGGUGGAGUGCCUGAACGCGCUGACGGACGAGAGCUGGCGCAACGCGCUGUGGCCCGGACCGCGGGAUCGGGCGUCGUCGACGCUCGUGAGCGACGACGACGAGGAGCUCAUCCUGCGCGUGGAGUUCACGUCCAACGUGCGACCGCGCGCGGUGAAAAUCGCGGGCGCGAGCGCGACGCACGCGCGCGAGGACGCGAGCGCGCCGCGGGUGGUGAAGAUAUUCGUGAACGCGCCGAGUCUGAGCUUUGAGAAUGCGGCCAAGCGGCGCGCGGCGCAAGUCGUCGAGCUCGACGGCGACGACGAGGUCGAGCUCGACGUGACGGCGUUUGAGAACGUGCGCGUGAUGACGUUUUACGUGGAGAGCAACGUGGGCGGGACGGCGCGGACGGAGAUCGGGAGGAUCGAUAUCAAGGGCGAGCUCUCGGGCGAGCUGCGAGACGUGUCGGAGCUCAAGCCGUGCUGA